AAAAUUAUAAUUAUUUAAAAAAAUUAAAAUUUGAGAAUGUCAGAAAAUAAAGAUCUUGAUGAAAAUUUGUUAGAUUCCAAACAAUAGAAAAAGAAAUCUGUAUUCUACACUUUUGUGAUAAAGUAUCUAUGUGGCUGCUUCAGUAAUAAUGGAUAAUCUAAUGAUGAAUAAACUACAGAAACUGGUGGGUAAUAAAAUUAAACUGAUACACCAUACAAAAGUAUUUUGGAUCCAACUUCAUAAUUAAGUUUCGUUAAUUAAGGUGAAGAACACAACUCAAGAAGAAUUACUUCAUGUACUGAAAGCUAUGAAAGUUUAUAACAAUCACACAAUAACAACUCUACUAAAUCUAUCAUUCAAGAUAAAGUUACUCAGGUAUAUAAUUAGAAUAUUGUAACAAAUAAUGGAUAAGAACACACUUAAAUAGUUUUGAACAAUAAUAACCACAAUCUAAAUAAUAAUGAAAAUAAUAACUCUUCUAAUAACAAUACAAAAACUACAAUAACAGCAACAACAACUUCAUCAGUCACUUAAGUAUAUGAAAAUAAUUAAAUCAUAACAAUGAAUGAACAAACUAUCAUACAGCAAGGAUAAGUAGAUUCGUUUGUAAACUUGACUAAUAACAAUAACUAAAAUAAUACAUUUUCUGUUAACAGUAAUUAAACUAAUACAACUGCAUAAUAAUUAACUGAAGCAUAUGAAAAUAAUUUAUUUACUAUAAUCCACGAAUAAUUAAAUACAUAAUUAUUAAUAAAAGCUUGA